CUCCUUAUAAUUUACCAACUUUUCGAAAGUCUUCUUUAUCAUUAAAUAUACCGAGGUUCUUACAUGGAGGCAUCGGUGAUCCACUGCUAUUAGAUACGGAAGCCUGUAAGCGGAAGCUUAACAUUUGAACAAUUCGGACCAAGGUCGUUGACGUUAGUUGGAUCACCUCUUUCUCAACAUCUCGUUGCGUGAUUCAAAGUUUCCAAGACGUUUCUGGGACUCUUGAAAAUAUAUUGCAAGGUUCUAGUAUCAUUUCAAUAUCUUAUACAUAUAAUCCUUACUUGUUAGAGUUUUCUUAUUGAGCGUCAGUUACAUUCUUCGCAAUGUCGUCGGUAUUGGAACAGCUGAUGGAGAUGGGCUUCACACAAGCUAGAGCGGAAAAGGCUUUAAAGUUUUCUGGCAACAAAGGAUUAGAGGAGGCCAUGGAAUGGAUUGUAGAAAAUGAUAGUGGUGAUGAGGAAAAAGAGGGGAUAAACGGAACCAGGGAAAAUGAGACAACGGACUUACCAUUAUCUUACAAAUGUGAUGAUUGCGAUAAGUGUCUCAGAAAUGAAGAUGAAGUUCAGGUGCAUAGUGCUCGUACAGGACACGUCAAUUAUUCACAGUGCUCAGAUGCAGUCUCAUCACUGACAGAAGAUGAACGUAGGGAACAAAUGAAGAAACUUCAGGAACUUCUGCGGGCCAAGAAAACCCAAAGAGAAGAACAAGAGAGACACGAAGAGAUUGAGUGUGAAAAGAAAAGGCGUCAACAACACAAGACACUAAGUUCAGCUAAAGCGAAAUUCGAAGAAGAUGAAGUACGUCGUUUUGUCGAACAAAAAAAGCGUGAAAAAGAGGAGGAUCGAGCUUAUCUAGAGAAAUUGAAGGCUGAAAUUGCUCGAGAUCAAGAAGAAAAGCGUGCACGUACAGCUAGUGAAUUACCACUGAUAGCUCCGUCAAAUUCAACUUCUUUACCAACUGCAGUGCCGAAAACAAAUCCAACAAUUUGCCGUCUACACAUUCGUUUACCAUCUGGUCAGUCAAUCAAAGGAGAAUUCGGUGUCAAUGAACCCUUAAGUGCCGUUAUGUUAUAUGUUAGUCAAAAUUGGCCUAAUUCUUCAACUUUUAUUGACCCACAAUCUAUUCAGCUGAUGACUAGUUUUCCUAAACAAGAAUUUACUAGUGAAGAUAGAAAUAGAUCUCUUCUGGAUUUAGGCCUGUGUCCAUCUGCAGUUUUGAUGGUUCGACAAAUACCCCAAUAAAUACAAUUACAUUUUAUUUCAACCCUAUAUAUAUAUAUAUACAUGUACCCAUAGUCACUUUUGGAUAGACCUAUUUUGAUAAUUAAAAAUGGGAACCAUUUUAUGUGAAGCUAACAAUGUUGAAUAUUCAUUUGUUUUUUAUUUCCUUUUAUUUCCUGUUAAAUUGGUCUAUAUCUGUACUCACCUAAUCGUGAGAGACAGACUGUUAUGACUGAUUGUUGUUGUCUUUUGAAAUAUUUUCUUCUUUGCAUGUAAAUUGAAAAGCUGAUAUAUGCUUCUAAUAGUAAUAAUUAUUGUAAUAUAAAUCACAAUUUAUCGGAAAUUAUGUGAUUGAAGGUGACAGAUUUGAAUGAGGCUUAGUGAUUAAGGUAUUUAACUUCCAUCCACUAAGUCACGUUCGAACUCCUGCCACCUAUUUCGAUAUGGAUGAUCAGUUAGUAUAAUUAACCCUCGUACUUAGAGUGUAGUUCAUACUCGAAUACAUGGUGAAUGAGUCUAUUUAUUCUCGUUUCUCGUAUUUGAUCCUAUUUUCUACCAUCUACAUAUCCUAUCAACUUUCUUUUUCUUUGCUGGUUUGAGCCUUGAUGACUAAGAUCGAUACACAUUUGUACUAGGUUCUACGUUGUUUAUGAUGAACUGAUUAAUUCGAAAUGGGACGCGACCUAUCCACACUUGAUCUUCUGUUGUUU